AUGGUUAUUGGUUGGCUAAUUGCCUCCUUGGACAGAAUGACUGCUAAGAGCAUCAUGUAUUACACAACGGCUAAAGACAUUUGGUGCAAUCUUGAAGAACGAUUUGGAAAGACUAGUUCUUCCCAAUUAUAUUCUAUUAAAGAGGAAUUAUUCAAUGCCACACAAAAAUCCGCAAAAAGAGUUAAUAAAGAAAAAGAAGACCAUUGCCUGUUACAUUUCUUGAUGAAAGCAAAUGAGCAGUAUGCUCAAAUUCGAUCCACAAUUCUUAUGAUGACAGAAUUACCAAAUCCUACCCUUGCAUAUCGUAUGUUACUCCAAGAACAAACCCACAAAGAACUUAGUCAUCCUAACCUUGUUCUCACUAAUAGUGUUGCUUUCUUUUCUGAUAAAAAAGGAUUUAUCAAGAAUGGGUAUCCUAAUGGCCAUCAUAGGCCUUCUGCCUCUGGACAAAAUCUUACAUCGAGGAGAUAUAGUACUUUGUUUUGUGAUUACUGCAAAACUAAUGGCCACACCAAGGACAAAUGCUUUAAGCUACAUGGUUACCUAUAA